AAGCGAUGAAUUGUUGUGAGUUGAAGUUUCUAUGUCAUUGAGAGAGGCAUGUGUAGCACGAGUAGCGUCCCAAACUGCAGCUGAAUUACAUCUAGGAAUAUUCUACCGAUCUAAUUCAUCAGUCUUUGAAUUAAGAAUGGUUUAUUAUUGAGUUAUUAAGGAUUAGUCUUUGAAUCAAGCAAGGCUGCAAAAGUCGGUCGACCUUGGAGAUUAGAGCAGCCGGCGACGCAGGGGAACCAGUAUGACUCACGUUCUCACAAAUAGAGGUUUCCCUCAUGACAUGAAAUUCCGCUCUAGAUCUGCAGACAUUCGUCGUAAACAUGAACACAGAAAAGAUCCUCUCUCGAAAAACGAGUUCGAUCGGAUUCGCAGUCUAUCUCGAAUGUCAUGGGGACAAGAUUGGGAAGACCCUGGCAAUCCACUACCUCACGUCGGAAGAAAUCACUACCUUACAACCUACUCGUCGCAUCACAACUACAGAGCACUCGAUGAAUUGACUCCUUCACGACCCACCUCGCCUACAAGACGAAAUAAUCCACAUCCUACGGGUGCCUUUUUGCACCUCCGACUAAGAGAAGCAACAGGAUUUCCAAAACCUAAAGUCAAGCCUGGACAAGACCCUUACAGAGCUGGGAGAAGGCCAGAAAAAAUGCCCAUAGAUAUACAAAGAACAAUGUAUUACACCCUUUAUGAGAUAAAGCAGUUACAAAAAAGGGGCCAGGAUGAGACUCUAAAGGCCCUGAUGAACCCUAAAGCAAUUCCAGUGGCACAAGCUUGGAUGAAUAAUGCAUCAAACAAAGACAAGACUGCGGUCAAUGAAAUGCUCCAAAAUACACACAAUACUGUGGAUUUAGAGAAGUCUGUCAGUACGACAUUCAAACCCGACAUUGUGCCUGCAGUGAACCGCUGGCUCAAGCAUGCUGGAAGUGAGGAACAACAAGCUGUAAUGAGGCUAAUCCGAACACUGGCCUCCGACCCGAGCCAAGAAUUGAUUGACCCUAAGAUGACAGGGCAACUAGAUCCAAACCGCUAUCUCCUGGGAAAGUAUGACGUCUCAAAGACAGAAAUAAGGGACUUAUCAUCGGAGAUAAAACCUGACUAUCGUAGACAGAAGACUAUAUUUAACAGGGCUCCUGCAACCUUCUUAUGAGGAAGUUUUAAAGGAUAAGUUUCCUUAUUAAACUGAGCACAAUUUAGGUUCACCUUUGCAGGAUCAUUACAGGUUGUACCAACUUGUAUGUAGCUUACACAGUUCUAGCACAUUACCUUUUGAAGAGAUUUGGUAAAAAGGGAGGCAAAUGUUAAAUUUGUGAGUUUUAGCAUUCCAUUCUACAAAAAUAAGUUCAAGGGAGGAAGCACCAACUGGAUCUGCCAAUGAAUUCGUUAUGUAAUCUUUUAUCCCUUUAAGUUCAGUAAAAAAAUGAACCUUAAUAACACAGACGGAAGUUGUGCUACCUAAGGCCAUCCCCAUUGUACAUAUCACACUGUACUUCCUAAACUAAAUUUUGUGAAUAUAGUUGUAUCCUGUUGAAAUCUGCACCCCUGGAUAUGAUAUUGAAGGAAAUGCUUUAUUUCUCUCAUAGUAUUGUGUUUAAAAUGUGCAUGCCAAACUCGCAAAUAAAAUUGAACAAUAAA